UUUCUCGUCGGACCGCUUCUGCAUGACCAACAAAAUUUGAAGUAAACAUUCAUAAAAUUUACAUUUAAAUAAACCUAUAGUUCUUUCAAAACGCACGUAACAUUAAAAUUCUAACGGAAUAUUACUGUCAGAUCUGCAGCGUUCAUACGCCAUGCAUUCAGGGUGAAGUCGCUCUUUAUUUUUACACAGACCGCUGUUUGUUUUGGUUUCAUUUCUGCUGAAUAUCAGUCUGUUUAAAGAUGGCUGGACUGGAGCUGCUAUUCAACUGCGUAUCAAACUCUAUAACCUGUUCUCAAGAUGCUCUGAUCUGUUUUGUACACUGGGAAAUAGUGAAAAGUGGCUAUAAGUGUCUUGGCAUUGGAGAUGAGCCUAAAGAUGAAGAGAGGAAGUCCGAACUGCUUCCACCCGGCUGGAAUGAAAGCAAAGAGCUGUAUGCACUCAGAUACAGAUCAAAUGAUGACAGGUCAAACCUACUGCUCAAAGCCUUCACAGUGGAUUCAACCCUGAUCUUCAAUUUAAUGGACUCCACGACAGAAAAAGUAACCGAUCUCACAGUUAACGUCAGUGAGUAUGUUGAAGAGGCCAAUCUGCAGACGUAUGAGAGUGUGUUUAAGAACACAGAUGAGUUGGCCGCGAAGCUAAAGUCCUCACUGCUGCCCACUAAAAAAGAGGAGCGUCAAGGAAAGACAGAGAAGAAGAAAGAAAGUGAAAGAACCUCAAACUUAAGGGACCCUCACCGUGAUCCUCUCCUGAUCCCGACCAGAGGCCCUUCAAACAGACAGCCUCCUAACUGGCCUGACCCGAUGGCUCCAUUCGCCGCAGGUGGUGCCGAUCUGGACCCUUUUGGGGGAAGGACAGGAGGAAUGAUCGUCGAUCCAUUACGUGCCGGGUUUCCUCGCUCAGGGUUUGACCCCUCCUCUGGAGUCCUCCCUCCAGGCGCUGUGCCCCCUGGUGCCCGCUUUGACCCCUUCGGUCCGGUUGGGCGACACAGACCCGGGCCAGACCCUGACCACAUGCCCCCACCAGGCUAUGAUGACAUGUUCAUGUAGAAUAAGGAGGACGCACUUAUGCAACAUCCCAUAACUCUCACUGCUCUGCAGUCAUAUGCACUUUGUGUUUGAAUAAACUGUUGUGAAACAGAAUUCCUUAAAAAAUAUAUAGCACAACUCGUUUUCAUUUUGACAAUGACAAAAAAAAAAAAACAUUACUUAUAAUUCCAUGUUCUUUUUGCUACUGACUCAUUCUGCAUUGGUAAAUUAAACUGCUUUUAUUCUG